AUGUACCAACUAAAAAGAGAUGACAUUAAAACUUUGAAAGGCAAGUUGUACCGUAGAAUUUAUGAAAAGCUCAAGGCAGUUGGUGAAGAGGCAACAAAUUGUAUUUCCCGUUAUGCUAGUGAUGACCUGUUUGAAGUAGAGCAGGGACAUAGAACGUAUGUCGUGGAUUUGAGGAAGAGGACAUGUGGGUGCAGGAAGUGGGAGAUGACUGGGAUCCCAUGUGCACAUGCACAUUCUGCCAUAACCUUCCAUGGACAUAAACUGGAGGAUUAUGUGGAUCGUUUCUAUAGCAUUGAGAUGUACAAGAAGGCGUAUGCUCCCAUGAUAUAUUCAGUUCCUAGUGAGGAACAGUGGAUUUGA